AUGAGCAAUCCUCGUGAUCCUUCGCGCCUGCGGCAAGGGCUCAAUCCUCUCUUGACCACCUCUCUCGGUGGCUAUCAUCAGAGCGCAGCACCAUUGUCUGCUGUUUCACUGAGCUCGACAAGCCACCUGCAAUCGGCACAGCCCACACCCACCACCGGAAGUGCCAUACAGCCCUACAACCCUCAGGAAUGGAUUGCUUCGCCAGCAGCUGGGCCCGAACGAACGCACCAGUUUCCCGAAACUCAAAGUGGUACACAUCCUUUCACCUCGUUGCUGUGGGCACGAGUUCCUUGUCGCAGGUCAACCUCAGAACUGACAAUUCAAUUAGUAUCCCCUCCGCCCCCGCCUCCGUAUAGUCCGCCUUGGAACCAGCGCCCAGUGAGCAGCGUGUUCGAGUCUUCUCCAGCAGCCAACACCUCGGCCGCCAGGGUGCCUCCAAGCAAUGUUCAUCGGCCGUCGCCUGAACCUGUUGCCAACACGUCAUUCCCUCCUCCGCCCGGGGCCAACGGCCGAGGCGGUUCGCGCGAGAGACGAUUCGGUCUCUCAUCGCUGCGAAGACACAAGGAAGCUCACGAACAGCCUAGCCCGCCUGAUCCCAUGCCGCCCAUCUCAUUCUCACGGCCUACACCUCCUCCCAUUAAUAUCCCGAUAGGACAGCCGGUGCCACAGCGAACGGCUUCUGGUUCUUCACAGGGACCUCCUGGUGCACGUCGGGCGGUGUCCACAAGCGCCAUCGAGACUCCGACAUCAGCCAGGUCUCGAUCAACAUCGCAGACAAGAUGGGAGCCCGGCAUGCCACUUCCGCCUCCACCACCCGGUCCACCGCCAGCUUCAUCCAGAUCACAGAGCGUACAAAGUACCAGCAGGACGAGUGAACCGAUGGUCUCGCCACCGACAAGGCGCCCUCCGCCCAGCAACGGCUCCGCGCUUGGCCCUGUUCCCCCGACACCUGCUGACUGGAUCGAUCAAGACGUCCAGCAAGCGACCCCAACACCUUCGCGGGGCAGGGCUGCUGGCCUGACGAUUGACACCACCCAGCCUGCCUCUUCGAGUCAGGUCACCGAAUUGACAAGCUCCGCCAGUCUUAGUCGUGCUGGUGCUGUGCGUCUCGAUAAGACCAUUGUUCAGAGGCGAGCCGAGAGCCGGACGAGACAACACGAGUCUAUGGACGGCAUCCUACAACCAAUGCAAUUGACCGAUAUCGUGGUCCCGAGUGCCACUACCUUGUCCCGGCGACGGACCAUUAACAAGUCUACCCCGAGGAGCGGAGGCAGGACGAUGCAGGACACGCCCCAGACGGGGGGGAGCGACUCGCAACGAGACCCGUUGAGUCUUACCCCCAAAGCUCUGGGGUCUGCACACAGGACUGAGCGGGACAUGGCAACACCGCCCUUUUCACCACGUCCCGGGAAAGCCCCCGCCACUGAUCCUCGAGGCGUUGCGCCGAAAGCGCUCCCAACGCCGCCACUUCACAGUCGCUCGGCUUCAGCCUCUCAGACUCGAGGCGGCAGGUCAGGCUCCUUGGGUCGGGCUGCGGCGACGCCCUCCGAUAGCGCCCCAUCUUCGUCAACAACGGUGCCCAAAACUGUGGUCGUUUCUCAAACAGCCGAUCAGUUCUGUCAGGGGACCAUUGAAAGAUUUGAGGCUUUUGCGGCCAGCGAAGCGGCCGCCACAUCCGAUGGAGACCGAGUCCGGCUUUUUGCCGACUUUAUCGUCAGCGAGUCGAGGAUUCGACGCGAGCGAUAUGCUUCGGCGAUAGGGGCUAUGGGGUCUGAGAUAUUUGAUCUGACGAGGGACCUCUUCCGGCCCAUGGCGGCCAGGCGAGAAUCCGGGAUCUAUCCAGGCCAGAGCCAAUUCACGCCACUGUCAUCUCAGCCCUCUCGAUCACACCGCGGGUCCAUUGACUCUGCGUACCGAGACGUCGUUGGGCAGUCGAGCUCAGCACCGACAUCUGCCAACACACCAAGCUCGCCCUUGGCUGGUCCACCAAACAAUGGCACAUGGACGUCCAACUACAUGCCUUCCCUUUCUCCUAUCCUGAGCCUCAGCGUCAGUGGGAAUGGGGAUGGUAGUUCUCGAGGCCGGCCGCCCAGCAGAUGGUGGGAAUCAGACUCGGCAGGAACUGGGGGUCACUUGAUGGAGAGGUCCAAACGCGAAUCCAAGUACAUGGGCAUGCCAAAAGAAGCCCGCGAGGCUCUGCAAUGGGGAGACAGUCCGGUCCAAGACGAACUGCACACGGGCGUCAGUGAGCCUGAUGCUUCGGCUGGCUAUCCGCCCGAGAAGACGGGUUGGCAUGACCAGGAGUCAGCCCUGACUCCCCAGCCCGUUGGCAUUCGCAGUUCCACGCAGUCCCUCACCUCGUCGGCAUCGCCAACUACCCCAGGUCCAGCACAGUUGGACAUUUCUCGCCUCGUGACUCUGCCUCCUCCGUAUCCUCGCCACCACCCGGCUGUGAACAACAACCACCCCGAACUCACGGCGACACGCACGGCUGUGAGACAGAUCAGCGAUCUUUCCGAAAUUGAGCAUGCUAGGGCGCGAUACCAGCAAACGAGCCGCAAGAAGCGGGAAGAGGCCACCAAAGCUGCUUCGGAGCGACGAUCGGCUCUGCGCAGCAACCUUCAACAAGAAAUCAACUCGGGCAACAUGUCCUUUGCAGAGGCUUCUGCGAUUGAGCAAGAUUCGAACGAGAGCGAAAGAGAGGGACUCAAGGACCUGGAAAAGGCCGACUUUGAACAUUUCCAGAGCCAAGUCGUGAUCCCUCUGAACGAGCUCCUCACUGGCCGCAUCGCCAAGGCGAACGCGCUCUUCGACGGGCUCGCCAGUCGGCUGUUUGACGACGUGGAAAGCGCAGCGGACAUGCCGCAGGAGGAGGGCGACGACAAGCCAGAGCUACUGGAGAAGUUGACGCUGCUGAAAUGGAUUUUUGAGGCAAGCGAGGUUCUGCAUCGGGCCAACUACGACUUGCUGUCGGACCGCAACGACCGGUACCGCGACGUUGUCGUCACGCCGUACCGGCUUGCGAAUAACCAGGAAAAGGUACGGUCCGCCGAGGCCUUCUUCGCCGAGGAUGCGGCGAAGCGACAGCUGGCCUUUGCCAACGAGGUCCUCGAGCGGACGCGGACGUUUCAGAACGUCAUGGAGCAGAACGUCGUGCGCGGCGUCGAGGUGCAGCUGUCGGCGUUCUGGGACAUUGCGCCCCCACUCAGCCGGCUGCUCGACAAGGUGCCGGGAGACCUCAGCGGAGGAGGGUUUCGAGUGCAGAUUCCGGCGCAGGAGUACCAGGAGAACCCGACGUAUCACCAGCACCCGUUGCAGUACCUCUUCAGCCUUGUGCUGCACGCCGAGAAGAGCACGUACCAGUUCAUCGAGUCGCAGACAAACCUGCUCUGCCUGCUGCACGAGGUCAAGGAGGCGACGGCGCACGCGCAGGCCAAGGUGGUGCAGAACGAGGAGGGCGGCGAGCGGGCGGAUGCGCUGCGCCAGGAGGAGGAGAAGAGGCUGACGGAAGACCUCAAGGAGAAGGUGCGCGUCGUCCAGGACCAGUGGCACAGCGCGCUGGGCGAGGGUGUCAAGGGCGUAAAGCAGACUGUGGGCGAGUGGCUCCUGCAGACGGGCGGUUGGGACGAGACGCUCGAGGAUGGCGGCGUGGGCAGCGUGUGA